CAAAACAGAGGCGGCUCCUCUCCCUCCUUCGCCGUCUUUUUCCCCACCGACAAGUGAGGCGGCGGCGGCGGUCGUCGCGGUGCCGGUCCAGGUGCCGACCCGGAGGGUGCAUGCGAAAGGGUCGAAGAAAGGUUGCAUGAAGGGAAAAGGAGGGCCGGAGAACCUGAGGUGCAAUUACAGAGGGGUGAGGCAGAGGACGUGGGGGAAGUGGGUGGCCGAGAUUCGGGAGCCGAGCCGAGGGAGCCGGCUCUGGCUUGGGACGUUCCCGACGGCCCUCGAGGCUGCUCUUGCUUAUGACAAGGCCGCGAGCGCAAUGUAUGGCUCUUUUGCGAGGUUGAAUUUUCCUCUCGGUUUGAGUUCCAAGGACUCCUCCAAGGACUCUUCUUCUUCCACCACUAUUGCUGCUCGCGAGAAAGAUGAUUUGACCUUAAAUGAGCCACUGUCUGCCGAUCUCCAUCUCGGCAGAUUUUCGAUGGUUUUAGUGGAUGAGCGUCCAAAAAAGCAUUCGAAGACCAGUUCUUCCUUGUCACCAGGUGCAAGGUCAUCACCUGUCCAAGAAAGCGAGUCUUUGGAGUUUGAGCUGUCACUGCGGAGUGGGACUGGAAUCUCCAAUCCUCAAAAUAAUACAGAAGAAGAUCUCAAGCAGGAGCCAGCUGAAAAUAUACUUCUUGAUCUCUCCAAAUCUGCCAUUUGUGUCGAGGAGGUUUCUGACAAGACUACUGUCGAAAAGGCCGAAGGAUCAGCUGAAAGUUCAGCCACCUCUGAUACUACCUUCGAUUCAUCUAAAUCUGUCGACAUGAUUGCUACCAGCAGCGCUGGUACACCCUCCGAGAGCAAGGACUUGAAAACAUGGCUCUCAAACAUGAGACAACUCAUCAAUGGAAAGCCUGUUGAAGUCUCUGCAGAGGCAGAACUUGCCAGUCUUAUCCAAUCAAAUGAUGAGGAGGUUCAGAAGGCUAGAACCAUGUUUGAGAGCUUGAAGUCCAUGGAUUUCAAAUCAGUGUCUGACCCCGACUUCUCAGAAAGAUUAGAGCAAGCUAUCUCUGCUCUUCUGUCCGACAAGAGCCACCCGUCUCAUGGAUGCUCAGCUCUCCACGGAAUCUGGAAGCAGAUUUCUUUUCUUUGUGCAGACUUCAAACGUGCACAAACUGAUAUAAUGGAAGUCACUGAGAUGUUCGUUUUGAAAGAGUCCCUGCAGGCUGAGCUUGAUGAGAAGACCAUUAACUUUGAAAGGCUGCAGAAGAAUGAUGCAGAAUGCGACAAGAAGAUCGAGAGCCUCGAAGCCAAGAUUAGCAAGCUGCAAGCCCAGCUGAAGAAGGAGAAGGAAGCGAAAGUGGAAAACUCGUUUGAGAUGAAGAGACUGUACAAGGAGACCGAGGAGAAGGGGGAGCUUUUCAGGCAGUACUUUGAAGAAGAGGCGAAGUGGAGGCUUAAAAAGAGGAAGGCUGAGAGGGACAUUGAGCGGGUGGAGAAGGAUUGGGAAGAGCUAAAGAAAGAAUUUCUGCUGUUCUAACAUAGUAUUUAAUGUUUAGUUGCUGUAGUUUCCAGACAUGUUGGGAUUGUAGAAGUCUCAUUUUAUUUUUGAAUUAUUGACCUCUCAUGAACUACCAAUUUGCCUCUGAAUUUGUUCGUUGGCCCUUGAAAUUCUUGGAUUUUUUCCUUCCGUGCUUUAGAAAUUUCAGCAGGAAGGAGAAAAAUUGUGUUGC